AGCAUCGGCAACUGCAUCUGCAGACGACCCCGGAUGCCGCAGUUUGUGUUGUAUUAACCUCUAAAUUUGUUCCUUGGAUACAUAAGAACCUGCCCUACUACGACUCAAUGCCAAAACUCAAUACCGCGACCGUAUCUGCGGCCGUGACGCCUACAGUCUUGCUCACGCUCUUUUCGCAUUAUUUGAACAGAAAGCCGCUCAAACAACGACCUACAGCUCACCUCUCAUAUGAUGAGGGCCUGAAUCUCGUUCGGUCGUUCCUUGAGUUCGCGUCCCAGCACACUGUGGAAGAGCUGCAGGCAUUCACAGCACAAUGGGUUCCUUCUCCUCAGUGGAUCAAGAUCGAAGCCAUCAAAAUAGAUUAUAAGCACUUGGAUAGGUCAGCUGAUAUAAUUCAACAAGAGCUUGGCGACGAUGGCUUAGAUCGCGUUGGCGGCCGCAAGUGGUGGCAGUGGCGGAUUCCCAACAACCCUCUUGAGGCAGAGUGGGUUGAGAUGAAGUCGGAUGCAAAUGAAAGAAAAAAACAAAAUACGCCUUGUAACCGCGUCAUGCUCUAUAUUCAUGGCGGCGCAUACUAUUUCGGAAGCGUUGAUGAACACAGGUACCAGAUGCAACGCCAUGCUCGAAAGCUUAAGGCACGCGUCCUGGCACCCAGGUAUAGGUUGUCACCCCAGUUUCCAUUCCCUUGUGGUCUUCAAGACUGCUUGGCUGCCUAUCUGUUUCUUUUACAACACCAAGAUCCGACAACAAUCAUACUGGCAGGUGACUCGGCGGGCGGUGGCAUGGUAUUGUCCAUGCUCUGUCUGCUCAGGAACCAGGGCCUUCCUCUACCAGCUGGUGGUAUUUUAAUCAGUCCAUGGGUUGACCUUACACACUCUUUCCCAAGCGUUUCUGACGUUGCACCAAUGGACUAUAUACCACAGUGCGGCUUCCACCAUAAACCGUCGCGAGCGUGGCCUCCUCCCAACGAGGAAGAGCUCGCUUCGUUGAAUAUUCAGUUAUCAAGUUCGGAAGCCCCUACAUCAGACACUGACCAUAUAAAGGUCAUGGUUGAUGGGGAAGAAAUUACCAUCAAGGAACAAAUCCAGAUGUACACCACGAACGCUAUGCUUCGCCACCCCCUGGUUAGCCCAGCUAUGCAACCAACAUUGGGUGGCCUUCCUCCGCUGCUUAUUACAGUUGGCGGUGGCGAAAUCCUCCGCGAUGAGCAAAUUUUCGUUGCCCAUAAAUGCGCCAAUCCAGAAAAGUAUGCACCACCAGAAAGCAGCCUGUCGCAGAAGGACAAAGACCUGCUCGCCAAGUUUAAGCCUACAGAUGUCCAGCUACAGGUUUGGGAUGACCUUUGUCAUGUUACUCCCACCCUAAGCUUUACACGGCCUGCCAAGUAUAUGUAUCGCUCCAUUGCCCAAUUCGGUGCAUGGGCAUUGGCGAGAGCUCAGAAGCGAGGAAUCGAAAUCAUGGACGAUGAUCGGAUUUCUGUCAUUUCAAGUUCGAAAUCCGAAUCGGAACCUUCUAAUGAUGUUGAAGAAUCGACAACUGAUGCUCACCAACCUCCUCAUAGCGAAGUAUCAGAAAAUAUACAUCACCGAGAAGUGGGCAAGGCGGGCGACCCAUUGCCUGCGUUUGAAAACCAUAUGAUUCGACAACAGGUUAGCCGCCAUGGAUCCAUCAAACCCCUUGCACCGGAGACAGAUCUACCUGGCUGCACCAUGAAUGUUAGCUUAAUAGGCGUCAUUAAAGAGCCCACGGCGAAAAAGUGGCUGGAGAAGAGACGCCUGUGGGAUAAGAGAUACUCCAGUGUAAGGGCUAAAGUGCUAAAACAAAUAGUUAAGGAAUCAAAAGCAGGCUGGGAAAGAUUUGGCCCGGGUGAGCAUCCACCGAUAUCUGCUUUAGCAAGCCGACGUACCAGAGGUUCCGUUUUGGUUGAUGGUACACCAGCUAAGAAGAGCAGAAGUUUCGGACUAUCGAUUUGGUCGCUAUGGGGUUCGAAGCACGACGAAGAAACCAUUGAGAGAGAACACAAGGCUGAUGACAGAGAAGCAUUUCCCACUAUCGGAGUGGAAAGCAGUACCAACGACCAGACCAUUGAUCCAUCAGAACGGCAAGCCCGUCCUGAUCAGCCGUUGGGUCGUAGUCGCUCGCGUACACGAACGGUGGUCGACGAACAUCAGACUGAGGAAGAUACACUGGAUGAGAAUACUCCAGUGGCACAACUAUUAAGCCUGCGCAGACAAAAGGAAGAAUCUGCGGGUGACCUCCUCAGCCCAGAUUAUGUUCCUGAGACAGGCGUGGCCGGUAAACGACCGUUCUUGGGGGGCAUUGCGUUGCCGUUUAGCCUUGGCAAAGAGCCAGACACGGCUAGUAUGGUCACAUUAGAUUCCAAUAUGGACCCCGAAGAGACCAGCGGCGGUCUACCUUCAAACGCUGUAGAGAGCGAAAUCGCUACCGAACCUGCACUAUCCCAGGCAGUGACGGAGAGAGUCGAACCCGACGCAGACAUGGCUACAGAUCACAAGAAACAUGACAGCAGUGCAGAAUUAGCUGUUGCAGCAAAGACUGCGUAAUAAUUUAAUGUACAAUAGAUAGCGAGCGCACUCACUCUCCAUAAUAAUAUUUGAAAUGCAAGUCCUAAGCUCCAGAAUCUACCCAUGGGAAGUGUGUUGGUACAAAAACGGGAUAUGUACAAUCAACGGAGAUGCCCGAUACCCAUCAUCCGUAAUGAACGAAAAAAAAUGAUUGCCUCUACGCGCCUAGUCGUAGUCGAGUCGACUCGUUAUGUGAUCAGCUCUGACGGUAUUGGGUUUAGUCGACGCCGUUGUAUCGCUUCCACUGCUCGACGUAGAAGUAGGGGUCUUGAGGGCCCUUCUCGAGUCCCUUGUAAUCUCCGGGUUCGACUCGGAUCUCGCGGGUUACAAACGGCGUAAGCUAGAGUUGCUGUGUUAAAAAAUGUUGUCGUUGGACACAAGACUUUGCAGACAGCAUACCUUGAAGUCUUUGAGGUUGGGGGGAACCGCGUAGGUGCGCACUUUUUCCCAUUCGAUAAUGUAACCACCGUAUUUUGUAUGACGACCCAUGGAUCCAGUGCGAUUUCCCUUGUAGAAGCCACGGCCAAUAUCCUUUGUCGUGACUUUGAUGUGUCGGUAGCGACCGACGGAGAGUACUUGCGUCGGUCUCAUCUUGGGCGCAGUCGGGUGAUUUUAUGUCGAUGAGGGAUUGGUGAGAAUAAUAUAGACCAAUUGCGAUAGAUCUCAGUGACCUUGUGGCGAGGUACAAUGCAAAUGGUGUCGUCGCGUGCGUAGAAAGAACUGAUGCGG